AUGUCCCGCCUGCUGCACGCAGAGGAGUGGGCUGAAGUGAAGGAGUUGGGGGACCACCAUCGCCAUCCCCAGCCUCACCACCUGCCGCAGCCGCCGCCGCCACAGCCACCUGCGACCCUGCAGACGAGAGAGCAUCCCGUCUACCCGGCCGAGCUGUCCCUCCUGGAUAGCACCGAUCCACGCGCCUGGCUGGCUCCUACUUUGCAGGGCAUCUGCACGGCACGCGCCGCUCAGUACUUGCUGCAUUCCCCCGAGCUGGGUGCCUCUGAGGCUGCGGCGCCCCGGGAGGAGGCGGACGGCCGGGGGGAGCUGGUGCGGAGGAGCGGCGGCGGCGGCGGCGGCGGUAGCAGCAGCAAGAGUCCUGGGCCAGUGAAAGUGCGGGAACAGCUGUGCAAGCUGAAAGGCGGGGUGGUAGUAGACGAGCUGGGCUGCAGCCGCCAGCGCGCCCCUUCCAGCAAACAGGUGAACGGGGUGCAGAAGCAGAGGCGCCUGGCGGCCAACGCCAGGGAGCGACGCAGGAUGCACGGGCUGAACCACGCCUUCGACCAGCUGCGCAACGUUAUCCCGUCCUUCAACAACGACAAGAAGCUGUCCAAAUACGAGACCCUGCAGAUGGCCCAGAUCUACAUCAACGCCUUGUCCGAGCUGCUACAAACGCCCAGCGGCGGGGAGCAGCCGCCACCGCCGCCAGCAUCCUGCAAGAGCGACCAUCACCACCUUCGCGCCGCCGCCCCCUACGAAGGCAGCGCGGGCACCGCGACCGCAGCGGGCGCCCAGCCAGCCUCCGGAGGGGGCCAGCGGCCGACGCCUCCUGGAAGUUGCAGGACUCGCUUUUCGGCCCCGGCCUCCGCGGGAGGAUACUCGGUGCAGCUGGACGCUCUGCACUUCUCGACUUUCGAGGACAGCGCCCUAACAGCGAUGAUGGCGCAAAAGAACCUGUCGCCUUCACUGCCGGGGGGCAUCCUGCAGCCAGUGCAGGAAGAAAGUAGCAAAACUUCGCCCCGUUCCCACAGAAGCGACGGGGAGUUUUCCCCCCAUUCCCAUUACAGUGACUCAGAUGAGGCAAGUUAGGAAUGUGACAGAAACCUGAAAACUGAGAAACAAAAUCGCCCUUGCCCAAGGCGCGGGAAACCCCGCGGUUAAAGAUCCCCGCACCCUUUUAAUUUUUGUUCUGAGAUUGUCGUUGUUUAGCAACGACUUGGCUUCAUAUGGCAGCUAUAUUUGAUGGUUUGCAAAAGCCUCCGCUAUUUCAAACUUCCUAUGGUCCAUAUUGGUGAAAACUUGCUGUUAAAGUUC